UCGUUAACCAAUUAACCAAUACCUCAAACCUCAUAAUUGUGCCCGUUAGAAGGGUCGUAAACUGUGAUUUGUUUAUUAUUUUAACAAUACAAUUAAGACUACAAAAUUUACAAUUGAACAAUGGAUGAUGCUGAAUUUCAACGAAGAGCAAGGAAAAGAAUAAAGGAAGUAAAGAGGAAAGCGAGACCAGAACUGAACACAAAGGAUUCGUGGACACAGCAGGGUUAUGUGAAUAAUUUUGAUACUUUCUGGAACUUUAUAGACAACUGUGAGAGAAUAAAUGAGACAGAGUGCUCACAAAGAGAAUUCAUAUCGAAAUAUGAACUUCAGUAUAAACCGGUAGUUAUAACUGGUUGUCAAACUGAGUGGAAAGCAAAUCAAAAGUGGACUUUACCAAAGUUAGCAAAAAAGUAUCGUAACCAAAAAUUUAAGUGUGGAGAAGAUAACGAAGGUUACAGUGUAAAAAUGAAAAUGAAAUACUACGUUUAUUACAUGCAGAAUACUGCAGAUGAUAGUCCAUUAUAUAUUUUUGAUAGUAAUUUUGGAGAGCAUAGACGUCGUAAAAAACUAUUAGAAGACUACCAAGUGCCAUUAUAUUUUCGGGAUGACCUCUUUAAACACGCCGGAGAAAACCGUAGGCCUCCUUAUCGAUGGUUUGUUAUGGGGCCUGCUCGUUCUGGAACAGGAAUUCACAUUGAUCCUUUAGGAACAAGUGCUUGGAAUGCAUUAGUUGUGGGACACAAAAGAUGGUGUCUCUUUCCUACAAAUACACCAAAAGAACUUCUAAAGGUUACUGGACUAUUGGGCGGAAAACAGAGAGAUGAAGCGAUUACAUGGUUUAGCGUUAUCUACCCUCGAACAAAGGAUCCGUCAUGGCCCACCGAAUUUAAACCUGUAGAAAUACUCCAGAAACCAGGUGAAACAGUUUUUGUUCCGGGAGGAUGGUGGCAUGUCGUCUUAAACCUUGAUACAACUAUAGCUGUUACACAAAACUUUUGUAGUAGAACUAAUUUUCCAGUUGUCUGGCAUAAAACUGCGCGAGGUAGACCAAAAUUAUCACGUAAAUGGCUUAAAAUUCUUCACGAAAAAGAACCCAGAUUAGCUCAGCUUGCAGAAAGGAUCAAUAUAGAGCAGCCUUCAGGUGUUGCUUCUGAUAGCUCGAGUAAUUCAUCCUCUAGUUCUAGUUCUGAUACAGGAUCUUCCAACUCUGAAGAUGAAGACAGCGGGCAAGAAUCUUUGACUGCUAAAAAAAAGAAAAGGAAGUCUGACACUGAUUCUUUUCACAAUAGGAAAAUAAUUCGUCGUGAUAGUAAUGAUUCUGCAAUGUCUUGGAGUCAAAAUCAACGCACUUCUUCCACUUCUCCUCAGGCUGCUAUAAUACAAACACAUACCUCAAAAUCGUAGAAAUUUAAAUACUGCCAACGUAACACCAAUUAAUAUUUCCUAUACUCCAAAUUCUUAAUUGAAUUUCUAUGUUACCCAAUAACUAAGAUUUUUCUUGCAAUUAAAUUGGGAAACUAAAUCAAUUGUUAUUAACGUUAAUUUGAUAGUAAAUUAAUUUAUUACAAAUUCGAUAGGAUGAAACUGUCAUUUGGUUCUUAAUUACUUUCUAAAGAAUUAUCUGUUGAAUUUUAAAUACGAACUAAUUCAGUAACUACUAAAUAAUUUAUUUAGGCUAGAUAUAUUUUAUUAAAAUUCUGCGGAAGAUGUAUUUUUUAUUGAGUUUUACAAAUAUUGAGCUGCAUGUGUAUAUUUUUGAAAAACAGUUUGUACAGAUUUUGCAGAGUAAUUGAGAACCAAAAAGUAAAAUACAAAAUAGUAUUAUGUACAUAUUAAUGAGAAAAGUGAUUAUUACCAAUUGUAUACAAAACUUGUUGAAUAACAGCAAGUAAAGAAAGCAAUCUGCUAAAUGUCUAAACAUUAUUAGUAUAUUUGUACAUAUAUGUAUUUUUUUAUUUUUAACCAAAUUACUUUCUUUAAAGCUACAUUAUUUCUUACAUGUUGUUACUGAAAGUCAUAAUGACUGACUAUAGGGGCCUUUAUGAUCAAACAAUAUUGCGACGUAAAGAUAGCAAGUUUUGUAUAUUUCUAUUAUUUAUUUUAGUAUAUGUUUCAUUAAAUGUAGAUGGUAUGCAUAAAAUUGUUGGAUAAGUGCAUAAUUACAUUUUUAAUGUAGCCACUCCGUUCUACUCGCAUUUUUAUGUAUGUACAUCAACAUGUGAGUAGAUUCUCAAACAUGCGAAUAUCUGUUCUUUAUUCUUGAGGAUCUGCUUGCACUUUUCAAUACCUGUAUUCAAUAAUAGGGGUCUCCUUAGUAGCAGGCCUAACUUCGAAAAAACUUUAUAUACCUUUGGAAAUUUAUAAAUAAGUAUAAAACACCCACUUUUUGCCAAAUUAAGUCUACUACUAUGAAGACUCCUAUUUUUGAAAAUAGGCACGCAGUAAUAUCAAAAGUUACUCUCAUUUUGUGCAUAAAAAAGUCUCACACAUUACUCUUAAGAAGCAAAAAAUCUGGGAGUAUACCACACAUUCAACUUUAUGCAUACCAACAAAUACGUUAAAAGCAAACUAGCAAGAUUGUUUUGCUGUUAUUUAUUUUAAUAUAGCCUAGUAUUUGUAUAAUUUGCGUAAAAAUUGAAAGUGUUUGAAGUUUAAGGAAAUAAUUAUUUGUACCGUUUUAUUUUUACUUUAUACAUUGUUUAAUUAACUUAUCGUUAGAUAGAUAUUUUUUA